AAGUUGAGUUCAUAAACCAGCCGCUUUAAUGUAAUCGGUGGAAAUUUGGAUUACAGUGAUCCGAACUGAGUGGUGGUAUAAGGUUGUCUUCUGUGGAUACAGCUCGCGGAGUGCGAGCCUUGCAACCGGCCGAACUAACGAGUGACAGUCCUCUGAUAGAACGCUGGGCAUAGUAGUCAGUCGCCGCCGAGCUAGUGACUCAGACAGUCCGCAAAGGAGUUGUCUUAACUAAGAACUAUGAGGUCAUUUGGCGGUUGUAAACCGCUACAUCAUUUUAUCGUACCCGCGGCAGUUCUUCUUCUUGUCCUUCUCGACAUUCCGUCUUUAGAUGCAGUGCGUUCUACCAAUUCCAGCACCAAAAGGAAGAAGGAUGUUUCCACAGGAACCGCAGAUCAAACGGCGUCCUCGUCAUUCUGGAGUCCAGCAAUCAAAACCGGAAAUUUAUUUCCCCAAAAUGACCCAAGUUUCUUCUCAUCCGCACAAGGCCUAGUACAAACACACUCAGCGUCGGGAGUUUUCCAAAGUGGAUUUGGAGGCAUCGACAACUUGGGAAGUCGUGGUGUCACUGUGAGGCCACCCAGAACAAGACCUCUUGAUUAUAGUGAAAGAGCUACAGCAGAACUUCGGAGGAAUCCGUCAUUGUCGGCCCCAGAUGAGUGUGCCCGUGCCUGUAGAGAGGGAGAACCACCUAGGAUAUGUUACUACCACUUCACUUUGGAGAUGUACACUGUACUUGGAGCCGCUUGUCAAGUUUGUACUCCUAAUGCAACUAAUACCGUCUGGAGUCAUUGUCAGUGCGUCUUAGCUGAUGGAGUUGAGCGGGGAAUCUUAACAGCAAACAGAAUGAUACCUGGGCCUAGUAUACAAGUAUGUGAAGGUGACAAAGUCGUUAUUGACGUGGAAAAUCAUAUUGAGGGAAUGGAAGUUACUCUUCACUGGCACGGACUUUUCCAAAGAGGAUCGCAAUACUACGACGGUGUACCAUUCGUAACUCAGUGUCCUAUCAUGCAAGGCACUACUUUCAGGUACCAGUGGACUGCAGGUAAUGCUGGUACGCAUUUCUGGCACGCGCAUACAGGAUUGCAGAAAAUGGAUGGUCUUUAUGGAAGUGUGAUUGUUCGACAACCACCCAGUAAAGAUCCCAACAGCAACCUCUACGAUUAUGACUUGACGACUCACGUUAUACUUAUCAGUGACUGGAUGCACGAAGAUGCUGCAGAAAGAUAUCCUGGACGUCUGGCUGUUAAUGUUGGCCAAGACCCUGAAACAGUCCUCAUCAAUGGAAAGGGACAGUUCAGAGACCCAAACACAGGUUUCAUGACCAAUACUCCCUUGGAGGUCUUUACCGUUACACCAGGCCGACGAUACCGGUUCCGUCUCAUUAACUCGUUUGGCUCAGUAUGUCCAGCUCAAAUCACUUUCCAAGGUCACACAGUUACUCUAAUCGCCGCGGAUGGAGAGCCUGUUCACCCAGUUCCGAUCAACACUAUUAUUUCCUUCUCUGGCGAAAGAUACGACUUUAUCGUUAACGCUGAUCAGCCAGCUGGAGCUUACUGGAUCCAACUUCGUGGGCUAGGAGAGUGUGGUAUUAAAAGGGCUCAACAAUUGGGUAUCUUAAGAUACGCAAGAGGUCCUUAUCAACCCAAUUCGCAGCCUCCGACCUAUGACUUAGGUCUUCCUCAAGGAAUUGUCCUGAAUCCUCUGGAUGCAAUAUGUAAUCGACCAAGGGAGGAUGCAAUUUGCAUAAAUCAACUCAAAAAUGCACGACCGGUUGAUGAAGGAAUUCUGCAGGCCAGACCAGAUGUUAAAAUUUUCCUGCCUUUCCGUUUCCUAUUCUACAGACCAGAAGAAGUGUUUCAGCCUAAUACAUACAAUCGUUACUUGGUUGCUCCAACGGGUGAUCAUGUGAUAUCUCUUGUCGAUGAGAUUUCCUUUACGUUCCCGCCGGCACCACCAAUAUCACAGAUCGACGACAUUCCACCUGAACAGUUUUGCAACGGAGAUAACAGACCGGCCGACUGUGGAGCCAAUUGUAUGUGCACGCAUAAAGUUGACAUCCCGUACAAUGCAAUAGUUGAAGUCGUUCUAGUCGACGAAGUCCAGCAGCCGAAUCUGUCGCAUCCUUUCCACUUGCACGGAUAUGCUUUUAAUGUAAUUGGAAUGGGUCGAUCGCCCGAUAGAAAUGUCAAGAAAAUUAAUUUGAAGCAUGCCCUCGAUCUCGACAGAAGAGGACUCUUACACCGAGAAUUUAAUCUGCCACCUGCAAAGGAUACGAUAGCUGUACCUAACAACGGCUACGUAGUCUUUCGAUUUCGUGCUGACAACCCAGGAUACUGGCUUUUCCACUGUCAUUUCCUCUUCCACAUCGUUAUCGGCAUGAACCUAAUUCUUCACGUCGGUACACACGCCGAUUUACCACCAGUUCCACCAAACUUCCCAACUUGCGGUGAUCAUUUGCCACCAAUUACGCCACCGCUUCCUAUCGCGCCAUCUUAUCAUUGACCAGUAGAGAGCGCGUUGUAAAUUGAAAGAUUUAAGAGUCGAAGCGAAACGGUGCAAAUCAAUAUAAUGAAUAGGAUAGAUAAAAAUAAUUCCUCAUCUCAUUUGGUAUCAGAAUUUGGAAAUCUUGAGGACUGAAUUCUCGCUUUAAAUGAUUUAUAAUCAUACAAUGAUUGCAUUGUUGUUUCCCACUGUACACUUGUAUAAUACUUGUGCAAAAUGGCACACCUCGCGCCAUUUUUGUAACCUCCGCGAAACUCUUGCUAACUACUUUCGAGUACUUGUACAACUGUGGCAGAAGGGAUAGGUAGUUCUUUCUGAGGCGACAAUUUGAAAGAUAAUGGUUUUAUGUUUUCAACAAAAAAUGGCCUUUUUGCGUUUAAUCUCUAUAGACUACUUAUUAUAUGAAUUAUAUUUUUACUAAAAGUAGACUCUGUGUAAUGCUACUUAUGUCGCCUCGUGAAAACACAGAAGGAACGUGAAAGUGGCAAAAUGCAAGUGUAAUUUUUUUAUACAGUUAUAUUAAAUAUAGAGAAAAUAUAUUACUUGUACUAUAGGCCACAAGUCGGCGUUGAAUUAGCUGAAUAUUUGUGCACUCCGUCAACUAUCACGACCAACAAAGUCCGAUAUAUUUAUUACCGAAUUAAAGAUGCUUCACGCGCUUUAUUUUAACAAGAUUGCUCCAAUUAAUGUUUUAAGAGUUGCCGAUUUGUUAUCGCGUUUACAUUUAAAUAUAUUGCUAUGCAAAAAAUUGACUUCUUUGUGCCUCGUCUCAAAGUGUCCCUGUGGAACAGAAACUUGAGAGCGAUAUCUGUCAUUUUAAAUCUAAUUUUCGAUGUUCAAAAAUUACGGAUGGAAACAGAAAUAAUGAACAGCUUAUAUAUUUUUUAAGAAUCUCGUCUUAUUGAGUUUCAGUUUAGAAAAUGUAUGAGAAACCACAUGGUAUUUUUCUAAUCUUAGAUAGGGUAAUCGAUUUUUCAGAUAUCGACCUACGGUGCUAUACUUUGCCAAUACUUAUUAAUAAAUUGAAACAUUAGCAAAUGGAGCGCGCGAAACAUCUGAAUAGGCGACGUACUAACGUAACUAACGCAUCAGCAUGUGUGUAUGUAGUAGUAUUGUAAAUAAUAUGUAGGUCAUAUAGUCAUUGCGUUUAAAUACGUAUUACGUACCGUUGUAACGAGGAAGUACGGGGAGUGGGAGUACUCUAGGAGUCAGUCAAGCGAGCUGAAAUCUGAAUGGGAACUUUCACCGUGAGAACGGUACGCGAUCGUGCGGCCGAUCCAUCGAUCGAUUCGCCGAUCGAGAAAAUGUUCGUUAUACACAAAAUGCGCUGAGUGGGAGAGCAAUCUUAGCACUUGUACCGCAAGUACACCCACAUGUUCCGCCAGUCUGAUACUAUAUUCACGAUUUAUUACCAUGAUAAUAAUCCUAUUUAAAAUCUAAACCUUUUGUUCUUAUGGUUGAAUCAAUCUAUUUUUUACGGUAAACUUUUUCACUGGUAAAAAUGUCGUUUUAUUGAUAGAUGCGAAAGAAAGGCGUUACUGAAGUGAAACAUGGCCUAGAAAUUUGUAAAUGUUGACGAGUCUAUGUAAAAAGAGUUACUUGCGUAAUGUGAGCUUUGAGUAUUUGUGCUCUUUACUUUUAUACGAUUUAGAGCAAGCAACUCUACUUUCAUAGAUUUAUUUAGUUUUUAUUGCCAUGAUUACCCUCAUUAAAUAAUGAUAGAUUUUAAAUUUAACUCGUGCUAAAUAUCAUUUAACUAACCAAAUUCUAUUUAUAGAAUAAUGUUCUUUAUUUAUCUCUUGUCUGUUUACUUUACUUUACAUUUUCACGUUUAUUUAUUUUAUUUUGUAAGUAAGUGUCUAGAUCAUAUAUUUUAUUUAAACUAUAUUUAAACUAUGUGGGUUUCACUGCAGUGACACUUACACCGCAUUCUUAAUCACUUCACUCUUUUUCAGUUCAGAUUAUUUGCAACUACUUUUCAACGCAUUAGUUAAUUUCCAGAAAUUCUAUAACAGUAUUCAGACUGACGGUCUUUUGUUAAACAAUUAUCUCACGAAUUCUUCGAGAAUGUUGGUCACUUAAAAGCGCAUUUUAAGGAAAAUUUGUAUUCUCAAAACGAAUGGGCUCGAAACUAAAUGAAAAAAAUGUUAAGUUUUCAAAAUGUAUGUAUGUGCAUUUUAUUUCUUUAUUAAAAUAUUUUUAAAAACAUUCUUUAUUACAAUAAAAUCAAUGUUACAUUGUAAAACGUUCUCCAUAAUUUUACGAAUAAUUUUAUGAAGGUAUAAAAAUGUUCUGAAGUGAAAUAAUUUAAAAAAAUGAUUUUAUUUUUUCUCAGAUCAUUUUCAUAAAUUUAUAUAUAUAAUCUUUUUCGAGCGAUUGCGCUGCGUUAUCUUUUUUAUUGAAUGCAAGUUUGUUAGUCACUUCCUACGGUCACAGAAUAUUCUAAAUCACUCAAUUCUGGAACCGAGUGACACACUGCAUAUUAUGGAGAAUAACGAUACUGAAAAUUUUAUGCCAUAGAUUACCGUUUUUUUAUAAUAAAGUAUACAUGCAACACAGUAAAUAUAAAUAUUAUAUUUUUUUAAAUAGAAAAUGAUAUAUGUUUGUUAAUCAAGAUGAAUAGUUUUAUAUUCUAAUAUUUGUAUGCCAAUGAAUAACCAAGAUCAUUUAGAUUUUGUUUAAAAUAUUAUAAAAUUCUACUGGCACCUUUUCUAGAAAACAUAGAUUUAUAGGAUGUUACUCAUGGCUAAUCUUCUACUCAUUUUAUUAAAACAAAAGUGUUACAUUCAUUUUUUUCUGAAACUCUUGUUUUUCUGGUAUACUGAACAUCAUUUAUUCUUUUAAGCAAAUGUAGUUCGAGUACCGAAGCCAAUAAUGAAGUUUAGAAACCGCGUGAGGUAAAGUGUGAUGUGUAGCUAAAAUUAGUCUUACACAUUAUUUAAAUUUUUGUUAUAAUGUACAAAAACAUGAAAAUAAAGGGAGCAGUCGUUCGAACAAUAAUUUACAGCCUCACUAACGCUGCUUCCGGCCGCUCAUGAACUUUUCUGUUUGUCGCUACCCGAAAAUAUUUGUAUAUUUAAUAAUAAAGUUGUUUUUAAAAAA